AUGUCAAAUAAGUGUACAUGGACACAAGCACGGCAGGGUGCAGCAACAGGCUUAAUAACGCUCGUAUCCGUCAUAUACGUCGCCGAGAUUUUCGUGGUCGUCCCCACAUUUUUUCAACGUGGAUGUACGGCGUUCAAUUUAUCCUGCCUUUUUAUGACCUAUGAGAUUAUUAAUCUUUUGUACAAUAUGCUGUGUAUGUUGUUUACCGACCCAUCUAUAUCUUCCCUUAUGCUUGUCCAGCAAGCGAAAAAUGACUGGUCGUAUUGCUUGAAGUGCGAGUCUGUACGCCCUCCCCGUGCUCACCACUGCCGUCGCUGUGAUAUUUGUGUGCUUCGUUUUGACCACCACUGUACAUAUAUGGCGCAAUGUGUGGGACAUGCAAAUAUGCCGUAUUUCAUUCGUCUUCUUUUGCAUGUCGCAUUUUGCUGCAUUUUUUUCACAUUCUUUAACAUGCCUUUUGCCAUGCGAUUUGUGUACUCCGACUGGCAAUGGUGGCAAUUUAUCCUUUGUACAUUCAAUCCGUUGCCCUUCAUGCUGAUCAGGUGGCUAUCGUUCCACCAAUUUUUGGUUUGUUUGAUGACAUCGUUUUGCGCUAUUCUUGGUCCAACUUUUGCUUUGUUUUUUGCAUAUCAUAUGCGACAAGUCCUUCGUAAUGAAACAAGCGUCGAAGUCAUGAUAUCCAAUUCAAGGAACCCGACGCAAAUCUGUUAUGAGGAUGAAUUGCGUUCAGUUAACUACAACGUAGGUUGGCGAGGUAAUUUGGAGCAGGUGCUCGGUCGUAGGUGGCUCGUUGGGUUUUUCAUUCCUUUCGUUCCUGUUUCACAGACUUCUGAUGGCUUGCAUUUCCCCUCUGUUCCAAUCAAUGCCCGCACAAAAACCCGAGACAUCUAA